AAGCGCACUACAGCCUUCUCACCUCCUGCCGUCGCGCUAGACAAAGUCUGACCACAAAUAUUAUGCUCGGGCUCUGACUUUUAUGCUUGUACCAUCAUCUCCUCUAUUGUCAUGUCAAAAACUGCGCAAGAUGUAUCCACACCCCUCGCUGAAUUCUUGAAUACCAUCCCAUCCCCUCUCGUGACCGUUCUCGUUGGACUUGGUCCGUAUAUUUCUCGGAUUAGACAUGGAAUAGAAGUCGUAAGCUGGAAAGCUUCUUGGGAAGAAAGUUGGCUAGCCCUAGCCUUCUGGUGGGCAGUAUGUUUACUAGGAGAUAUCGUGCUGCGAUAUGUGCUACCAAUAGCGAUGCUUCUAGUGCUAUCUAUCGCAAGGUGGACCGCAAAACCACAGACAGCACAACUCCCGAUAACUGAGGACAAUCUCCAACAAACGAUUUCCGAUCUUACUCUCAUCCAUGCCCUCUUACCUUCUCUCUCGUCAUUCAGGAGUUCUCAAAGUACACCGAACCUCUCAGUACUUCUCCGAGUACUCGGCAUCCUAUACGUGCCAUAUCUUCUAUUAACAUAUAUUAUCCGUUUACGGAUUCUCAUUGCUAUCGCCGGAACAAUACUCCUUACCUGGCGAGCACGAUGGGCUACAGCCAUCCGUCGGGGGUUCUGGCGCAGUGCAUGGAUGCGGUGGACGCUCUAUCGUGCUUGGUCACUCCUCUCCGGCCAACCUCUGCCUCCCCCGGUAAUAUCUCCGCAGACUGCCAAGAUCACACGACUUUCUGCGACAACUUCGGCGCAGACUGUUAACUCGAUUCGAUUCCUAUUCACCGUGUAUGAGAACCAGCGCUGGUGGGUAGGUCUAGAUUGGACUGCUGCCCUCCUCCCUGGUGAACGUCCAUCAUGGUGUUCAGGCUCUCAACAACCCGUCGCACCACCAAGCGUAUUCUCACUUCCGGCGUCAACGACGGUGUACAUGCGUGAAGGCAAUAAACGUAUAAGAAGGACGGCUCGUUGGAAAUGGGAAGAAGAUGAAUGGCGCGUGAUCGUACACAAAGAAGGAACGACCUUAGCACGCGUCGAACGACCUAUUCCUACGGAAGACCCCACUGCGCCGACUGGUGCCACCCGUCUCAUGAGGGUUGCUGGCAAGAUGCGUCAAGCAAGCCUUAGUGGGAGUGGCUCGGAAGCACCGGGGUCUUCUGAAAAAGAGGAAGGAGAGGGCGGUGGAAAAACUACGGAGAAGUCACCGAGUUCGAAGGAUGAUGGUAGUGAUGAUGAAGUCUACACGGACGCUGAUGGCUGGGUGUAUGGCGACAACAAGUGGGAGAAUGAAUCGAGUAGGGGAGGCAUGGGCAAGUACACGCGUUAUCGACGUUGGACCCGGAUAGCAGUCCUCAGCGAAACCGUUGAGACUGUUGAAGACGGCGAAGUGGGCAUUCGGAGGGACGACGGAAGUCCCAUCAAGCUGAACACACAUACGAAGAGCCCAUCGCAAACUGAGAACGUAGCUAGCGGAGCACUCUCACCUGAUAUUAGCAGUCCGACAGACGAACGCUCGAAGUUGCGACAGCGAUUGCAAGCGGCGGUGGUCAAAGGUACUGCACACGCAUAACAAUAUCGUAAUAUCUAGUGUUUCUAUCAGUAUUUCUUGCACGAUUCUGUACCGUUGUAUGGACAGUCUGGUUUGGACUCUCCCCCUUGACUCUCCUGCUUUUUUAAAGUCCUGUUGCAAGUGCGUAGGUUCAUUACUGACUCCGUGCGGUACGUGCUCACUGUAUCGGCCAUAUCUCUCACUUUCUAUCAGACAGAAGUAACCGAUUCAUUGGCAAAGGUAGCGUAAUUUACAUCUUCAUGAUGUAGCAGGCCUCGUCGCCGGUCCAGGUCGAGCGAACUUAAUGCCUGCAAUCUUAACGUCAGCUCUUCCUUGAUCUUCAAGCUCAUCCUCCAGUUCCGCACUAGCCGCCGUCGACUGAAUAUCGUGCUCCCCUUCCGUAACCAUCUCUUCUUGGAUCUUCAACAUCACUAUCUCCUUGUUCACAAACUGCUGCAUAAUGGCCCGAGCCGAUUCCAACGUAUUGUAGUGGCGCAUCAUCUUGGCGUCUUUGUCAAGCACAGGCUUGAAUAGGAUGUCUUCCGUCGCCAGUUCACGUUCACGUUGCACGCCGACCUCUUCUCGAAUCUCACCCCACAUGUUCGUGACGAUGAUGACACUACUGAGAGUGUCGUCGCCACAGAGUUUGCGAAACAUGCUGAAGCUGCGACGGGAAACUCCGCUCGUCCUCCGGUCUGAAAUUCGAUGCAUGUAGAUCAAUCCGCUGAGUUUCUUGUUGUCAUUGUAUCUACAAUAUGUUUAGAGGUGAGGUCAGGUGAGUUGGAUGCUGAACAAGUAUAUC